CUCACCUCCUCAUCUCCAUGGACACAGCUCCAAACACUCCAGGACUGACCCGCGGCGAGCCGGAGGCGCUGGGACAGGAAAACCCGACAGCAGCGGAGUUUUUAACAGUUUGAUUGGGACAUGGCAUCCAAAACAAAGACGAGCAAAGAUGCAGAGGCACCCAAAGAAGCAAUUGAGACGGAAGAUCCUGUCAGGGAGAGGAAAAUGCAGCUGCAGGAGGAAAGCAGGACCCUCACAGAGCACCUGGACACGUACCUGGGCAGAGCCCUGCAGCUCCUGCAUGCCAACAAACGCCUGGAAAAGGAAGCCCAGGGCAUUCAGGAGCAGAGCCAGUCCUACCUGUCGUGCCGAGCAAAGCUCAGCCAGGACCCGCCGGGGAUGGUGAUCACCCUGGACCACCAGAACCGCCAGGAGCUGGCCCGAAUCCAGGCGCAGCGGGAGGAGCUGGUCCCGCAGUACGCCGGCAAGGAGCAGGAGGUGCGCAGCGCCCUGCAGGACACGGAGAACGAGGCCUCGCAGCUGGGCACGGAGCUGGGGGAGCUGGAGCCCUACAAGGAGCAGAAGGCGCAGGCGGAGCAGAAGGUGAAGGAGCUGGAGAGGGAGCUGCGGGUCACCAGGAUCCGCUGCGCCGAGGACGCGCACGGCGUGCGGAGAAAGUUCCUGCAGGACAAGGCGCAGUGCGAGCAGCACUUCCAGCAGAGGAUGCGGGAGCUCACCUGGGGCGCCGAGGAGGUGGCGCUGCAGGCGCUGAUCCAGCACGUGGAGCAGGUGAAAGCGGAGAACCGGCUGCUGCGGCAGGAGCUGCGGGGGCUCCUGCAGCACUGCCAGCUGCUGCGGGACACCAGGACGCAGCUGCAGGACCAGCAGGAGCAGCUGCUGCGGGAGACCCGCUGCGCGCAGCGGGCGGCUCGGGGCCCGCGGCUCGGACCGCCGGCCCUGCUCGCCCGCCAGGGGGGCCCGCUGGCCCCCAACCGCCUGGCCGUGCCCUGGAGGAACUAAACACGGCAGCGACCGAGCCCUCGGGGCCGGGGAAGCGCUGAGGGCUCGGAGCUCUGGCCACAAGAAUCCGUGAAAUGCAUUUAUGGACUAGACCCAUGUCAGUGUUCUCCUUCUGGCCACGGAAGGGUGCGAGGCCAGGGUUGGACGGGGUUUGGAGCAG